AUAAAUCUACAUUAGACUGUGAUGAUUAAAAUGUUUUUUUGGCCAGUGUAAGGAGAAAGUUCCUCUUUUUGAAAUUGAGGUGAUGGGGGAGGGUUUAAGCAGAAAUUCCCACUUGCUUCCUUCAUAAUACGUUGAUUGCUGCUCAGACAGAAAGCUGUUCUUUGUUUGUGCUGGAAUGUGCAGCUUAAUCUAGUGUAUUGCACCAAGGAGCUAAAAACUUGAAAACUGCAGACGGCAGGAUGUGGUUGCAAGGUGAGGACAGUGCAGCGGCAGAGUCUGACGGAGAGAGUGGUUUAUCGUCCGAAGAUGAGGGAGACAUUCAGUGUGAGAUCCUGGAAAUGCAGAGGGAUGAAGCCAACCAGAGGCUGUCUGAAUUGGAGGAAGUCUCCAAUCAGCUCUUGAAAGAGAUAAAUGUACUGGAGAUGCAGUUCCAGAUUGAGCGCUCCUGCAGGGAGAGUGCUGAGGUGCUGGCUGUCAAGGUGACCAAAGAGAACAAAGUCCUGAAGAGGAAGAGCCAGAUGCUGAUGCCGCUCAUCCCUGAGCUGCCUGAAAACUUGGCUGCCGUGACCUUUGACCCAGAGACUGACCCCACGGUUAACGGUGACGAUCUUGGUGAGGAGACGCUGCUGCUGGAGAGUCAAGCCAAGAUAGCAGAGCUGCAGGCAUCAGUGGACGGUCUGCUGGCUGAGAAGCUGCAACUGGAGCAACAAGUGGAGGAUCUGACCAAAGAGCAGGUCCAACUCAGAGAACAGCUAGCUCUGGAGGUCGAGGAGAAAGAGGCCAUACUGAGGAAAGUGAGCAAACAGAGCAAGACCAUGAAUAAAAUCAAACGCGUCUCCCAGCUUGUCACAGAGGAGUUCACAGAAAUGUCUCAGAAGCUGGAGGUGGAGCAGGGCCUACGGCAGCACGCUGAAGUCUUCGCCCACCAGAUAUUGGUGCAGCAGAAUGCGGCCCACAGAGAGAUCGGGAUGCUGACGCAGAGCUCAGAGACCGGCCUGCAGCUGCAGCAGGCACUGGAACAAAUUUCCAACAUCAGCACAGCCCUGUGUGACAUACAACGCUAUUACCAGAACCAGGUGAAAUCGGGUCCGAGCGCUGUGGAAGAGAGCGGCGUCCUCUCUGAGCUGCAGAACCUGAGAGAACAGCUGGAGAAGAGAGAGGAGGAGAGGAAGGCCUUAGAGACUCAGCUGUCUGAAGCUAACAGCACUGUCACGGAGCUCCAGGAGGAAGUGAAACAGUUACAGGAUGCACUGAACCGGGAGGAUGAAAUUGAUAAAUCAGAGGAGAAAGCCGCUCCUGCUCCACCUCCGCCGCCGCCGCCGCCGCCUCCUCCUCUUCCUCCUCCCCCUGCUGUCACCAAUUCACUUGAUUUCCUGAGAAGCAGGAGAAAAGAAAGAGCCAGUAAAGCUGAAUCAAACAAAGCAGCACCCUCGUUGGACCUGAAGACGAAAGCGGUGGAUGAAAUGAUGGAGAGAAUAAAGAGAGGCAUCGUCCUGAGGCCCAUCAAGAGAAUACAGGAGGAUGACAACUCAUGGAAGGACCAGAGGAGUGAAAACAGGAAGUCAGCUAUCGUGGAGUUGAAAGGAAUGCUGGACAACAUGAAGCGACAGCACCUUUGCAGAGUGCCUUCCAGACGGAGCCGAAAUGUUGGGGAAGCAGAGCUCCUGCAGGUGCUCCAGAGGAGGAGGAGAGCCAUGGGGGAGAACAGGGACCAAACACAGGACCCUCAGCCAGGUUCACAGUGUGUCCCAGCAGCAGGAGAUGUUCCCUGGGCAGGCGAGAGCGGCAGCGCCCCUGUGCUCCGGAGGCUGAAACAGAAUAGAGAGAAGAGAGACUCUCGCAUCAGAGCAUCGGCACUGAUAUACAACCAAGAAAACUGAGAGCAGUUACAGGAAGUCUUAUUGUCAUUGCCGUUUUAUACGAUGAUGAGUUUGUUGAGUAAACUGCACCUGCAAUAAAAAAAUAAAUAAUUUUGUGA